UUUUUGGCCAGGACUCCAGAAAGUAAGGUCUCUUCUACAGGCGGUGCUUCUCUCAGAUAGCCAGAGACGUUCACUGGUUGCUUCAGGAGAAAGGCAAGGAUCACUGCAGACCCUGUCUCUGCUGGUGUUGGGUUAUGCUGCUGAGCGUUCAUUCGCUGCGAGGCAGAGAAAUAGACAAUUAAUUCAUCACAACGGUCGUCCUUUUAUCCGAUUUGUCAUCUGUCGACAUUUGGAAAACACAAGAAAUUUGUGAAAGAGCACAAGUCAUCUUCUGGAGGGAUGCAAGAAAGUUUUCCCAAAAAUCUACCUACUAGCAUCAUGGCCGGAUCCUCCCAUCCAGUGUGCUUUCCCGUAAACAGGUCUCUCCACUAUAACCACUCUAUCGCCUCACCUCACUUCGCCCCCACCUUCACUGCUGUGGGCCUCAGCUCCAACCUCAUCGCCCUAAUCGUCCUGAUCAGGGCGUACCGGCGGACCCACAGUCGCUCCCGCUCCUCCUUUCUGAUCUUCCUCUCUUGCCUGGUGGUGACAGACCUCACAGGUCUACUGGUGACCAGUCCCGUCGUUAUCUUCUACCACACCAAGGGCUUCAACUGGAGUGAGGUGGACCCGCACUGCCACCUCUGCAACUUCAUGGGCAUGUCCAUGGUCUUCUACGGCCUGUGCCCGCUGCUCCUGGGGGCGGCCAUGGCCGUGGAGCGCUUCAUGGGCAUCCGGAGGCCCUUCUCCCGCUCCACCCGCAUGUCCAAAGGCCGGGUUCUGCUCACCGUGCUGCUGGUGUGGGUGUUUGCUGGUGCCGUCAGCCUGCUGCCCGUAAUCGGGCUGGGCAGUUACCACCUGCAGAGCCCAGGAUCCUGGUGUUUCUUCAACAUGAGCUCCCAAACCCCAGACCUGAUGAUCUCCUUGGGCUACUCCCUGGUGGGACUCUUAUCUUUGGCCACGUCCUUCGUCCUGAACACGGUCAGUGUGAUGACGCUGCUACGCAUCUGCUGUGGACGGGACACUUCACGACGGCAGCGGAACCAUGAGGUCGAGAUGAUGAUGCAGCUCAUCUGGAUUAUGGUCAUCACUUCUGUCUGUUGGUGCCCCUUUCUGAUACUCAUUCUGCAAAGCACGGUGUUUGGGGAAGCCAGGGACCAGAACCUGCUGCUGUUCUGCUUGCGCCUGGCCUGCCUCAACCAGAUCUUUGAUCCCUGGAUCUACAUUCUGUGUCAGUUGGCCUUAAAAUGGAGAGUAAGUUCUAAUCCAAAGAGGCGCCCCUCUGUAGCAAGCUCUGUGUCUCGGGACGGGUCAAACUCUUUCCAUCUGAUAGUCGUCCCUCAGCGAAAGACACCGCCGUCCUGCUCAGGAGCCACCCCCCCCACAGUCUCAGUCCGUUCUUCUGCAGAUGGACCAGUCACGUUUAGCACCAGGUCCAAAAUUCAUUUAGCCCUUAACUCUAAAUAGGCCGUUUGUUUCAUUUUCAAAGUGGUGAUCUACUCCUAAAAUAAAUAUAUAAUAUAAUAAUAUACAAAAAUAAAUAAAUAUACACAGCGAUGGACUAUGGCUCUACAAACCACAGUAUUGGAAGCAGGAUGAUUUCAGAAGAGGGACAUUGAAGACAAAGAUGUUCUAAACAUGCUGAGAUGGGCCACUACCAGGGCUGAGACUGACUGGCCCUUUCCAAAGGAGAUGAGAUCAGGUGUGACUCAUCAGUUUUCUGACUUAUCUGAAAAUUAGCUGGAGAGCUGUGGUUUGGAUGGACCUUGUAGCACCUAGAGGCCACCUGAAGAGGGUCACUGCGGUCUACACAGAAGAUACCCAGUGUCUGGUCAAGGAGCUGAGUGAGGAGGUUAAUGGGGGACAGAUGGAUGGAUCCUGUACCUCUCAAAGAGGAAGAACGCUUGCUGUGAGCUGGACUGUGGAGUUCCCGUACAAGCGUACAAGUAAAUUAUCCCUAACUCUCACCUUUUCUUUUCUUGCUAGUUAAUCAAACGUUCAUUGUCCUCCCACAUCCAUCGAAUAACAGGAAAUGAAUUUCACCAUGUUUUGUAAAUAUUGCGUUUGCAUUAUUUAAUGUAAAACUUCUGCAUCUAAACCUUGACCUUCAACUGAAAACAAAACGGGCACAAGACACCCAGAGCACCACUGAGAGGGGAAACCAAAGUGCAGUUUAUCUUACAAAAGUUAUUCCAGCUAGUACUACAGCUAUUUGCAGAAAAAAGGGACGGACAUCGCUGAUCUGGUCCCAAACUGGGUUUAUGUGGGUCUCCUGCUGAACCAGCAUGUGACAUUGAGAGUUAUAACUCACCCUGAGCACUUUGGCAGUGUCUGUGUCGCCAUUAUGCAGACAUAAAGAGUCAGAUCUGUAAAACACAGCAGUCGUAUUUGCAAAGCUGCGAGAUAUAAAACAAUUAAAAAAGAAAGUAGCACAGUACAGGCUGCAGUAGUGUAACGUGUGAGUACAAGACACGGCAAGCUAUUUUAAUUAAAUACGUGUAGGUUAGAAUCCUCAUGUGACGGCACCUUAUGUAUUUUCUGGUAAAUCAUAGGAAAUGCACAACAGUGUUUUAAAUUUUUCUUAAAAACACACACACACGCGCACAAAAAAAUAAAAUGUAGAUAUUACUUUAAGGGGAAUGACGAUAACCAUAGUAAGUAUGAUUAGGAGUCUAACCAAUUUCCAAAAAGCUAAUGGAAUCUACUUCUGCAAAAGUGUUAUAUGCAGAAGUAUUACAUUAUAUUAUAUUAAGUGCUGUAGAAAUCCUGUACCCAUGAAACCGGAGAUGUCUGUAGUUUGACCAUUAUGGUUUAAAUAAAUAUACAUUAUGAUGUAAAA